CCGUCAUGACAGCAGGGGCGGGGCUUAAUUUUCGGACAGAGGAAGUAUUUUGGCUGUAGCCGCUGGACCUUGGACCAAACUUCAUUUGAUGUGUCAUUCCGAAUACCGUACAGGAUAAGGAAAACAAGUGACGCCAUGGCAACAGAGGGGGAGCCAACCGACUUGGUCAAAGUGUUGCACCUCCUGGUGCUCUCUUUCUCCUGGGGCAUGCAGAUCUGGGUGUCCUUCAUUGCAGGCUUUGCUCUGGUGCGGCAGGUAACCCGACACACCUUUGGUCUAGUGCAGAGUAAGCUCUUCCCUUUAUACUUCUACAGCCUGCUGGGAAGUCACUCUGUCAGCCUGGCUGUGUACGCUGUGUACCACCCCAGAGAGCUGCUGGACUGGCAUGAAAGCGUGCAGAUGUUUCUCUACUUCGUGGCGCUGAUCAUGGCCGGUCUGAACGCUCAGUGGUUCGGCCCCGCAGCCACUGAGGUGAUGUUCCAGAUGAGGAGGGUGGAGGAGGAGCACGGCCUGGGGAACCAGGUUGGCCUCGGCAGCCAGAAAGAGGGUUACGCCAAGCUCAGAGAGCAGGACCCCAAGUACAAAGCCUACAGGAGCACUUUUGGUCGUUACCACGGGUUGUCUAGCCUCUGCAACCUGAUAGGGAUCAUCUGUACCACCACUAAUUUGGUUUACACAGCUCUGAACUUGUCCACCAUUUAGAAAAGAGUAGGUGUCAUACUUCAGUUUAUGAAAGGACACAAGAAGCUUUCACAUUGUUGAUCACUUGUACUCACUUAAUUAGCGGGCGAGUGCAAGUUUGAAGUCCAUUUUAACUGAUGAUUAACUGAAUCCAAGUGAUAAAGAAUGUGAGAUUUCAGUCCUAUCAUUGUCACUUACACAACUGCUCAUAAGUCUCACUUGAGUAGAACAACUUUGCGUGCUCAAGCCGUGAAAAACAUCUCAAUGUCAAUUUCUCACUCAUCACACUUUCAAUAUAAACCUUCAAAAAUGAAGCUUGAAUCAAGAACAACCGGAUUUACAUAACAGUGACAUCAUGUAGAUGAAUUAAUCAGAAUUUUGCAGCAUUAUAUCUGUCCCAAGUGUCCUUACCUGCAGGGAUGUCUUUGUUUCCAGAAAACUCACCACUGCUGUUCACUUUUUUGUGGCUGUCAGUCACUUUCGAUUGUUUAAAUGACACAAUUUCAAAAGAAAGAAUGUGUUUUUGCAUUUUUAUAUUUUACUUUUUGUAUUUAAUUUUAUUGCUCACAACCAGACUCCCUGUUAAGAAGAAAUAUCUUUAAAAACACCUUUAAAAAAUCAAUCCUCCAACUUCAAUUGCUGUGUGGGCAGUUUACCAGCAGGGGGUGAUGUUUGGACACUGAAUAGUCAGACAUCACAUUACAUUUCAUUUGUAACAUGUCUUGAUAAUGUGAAGGAAAUGUGUUCAGAAUUUGUCAAUUCUGCUGAUUUAACACUAUGAUUAGAACAAUAAACAGAUUGUUUUGUAAUCCUUC